GUGUGUGCCUGUCUGUGUGUCUAUCUCUUCCCCCUCUCUUCCUCCCUCUCUUUCCCUUCCUGCCAGUUACCCAGUGGGGACCUUUAGGAUUGUCUGUCGCCCUGGUAGCGGUAGGGAUUGCAAUCCUAUUCAUUCAUGUGAUGAUCUAGGACUCGGAAGAGAACUGGGAGAACAGCAGAACAAGGGAUGUCGGAGGGAAAGCUCAUGCUGGGCUGAGGCACUGCUCCCAGCACUCAGCCGGGGCUGGGCUGGUGAUGAUGUACCCAGACGAUGACGGUGGGGGCUCGGCGGGACUCACGAAAGAUCUGAGAGAAGAAACUUGGCAGGAAGUGGAUGCUUUCUCUUGCAGAGUGAGGCCCCGAGUCCCAGAGAAGCUGCAACCCCCCUCCUUCUCACACACACACACACACACACACACGCACAAAAGUUCACCGCACCACACCUGCCUUCCCCAGAUGGGCUCUCUGCGAAAACGCCUCCUCAUCCUCCGGGAUUUUCCUACUGUGGCGCAAGCUCCUCCCUCGCCCCAGCGAGGUGCUGUCCCAGCGCCAAGCACCCGCCCAAGCAGCGGCUGGGGGGCGGCAGGGAGUGGGCCCCGAUCUCGGCCAUUGGUUGCGCGGGUCGGGAGGGGCGGAGGGACGAGGCACGGGCUGCACCGAGCCGCCAGCCCCAGGUCCAGUCCCUCUGAGCCCGCUGCCUGCCGGUGCGCCCGCACGCGCGCUGCGCCGAGCGUUCCCGCCGAGCGCAGAACGGGUGCAGAUCGCCCAGCCUAGGGCGCCGCCCCACCCGAGCGUCGGAGCUCGCCCUACCUGCAGUCUCAGUGGACACCUGAUCCUCUGCUGUCUUUGUUUGAAAACCAAGAAGCAUUGUUGCUCUGAGUUACCAGCCCACAACUUCUAUGGACACUGUCACAAAAAGACAAUGUCAAGUGCAUCCUUUUUAACCCUUUUAUGAAGCUGUGACUUUCAAUAUACUCCUUCGUUCUUUCACCCUCCCUUUCAAGAUGCCUGAACACGACCCUUCCUCGGGGCUGGCGGGCAGUGUGGAGAAUGGCACCUUCCUAGAGCUAUUUCCUACAUCGCUGUCCACCUCGGUGGACCCAUCCUCGGGGCACCUGUCAAAUGUCUACAUCUACGUGUCCAUAUUCCUCAGCCUGUUAGCGUUUCUGCUUCUGCUUUUAAUCAUUGCCCUUCAAAGGCUCAAAAACAUCAUCUCCUCCAGUUCUUCCUACCCAGAGUACCCAAGCGAAGCUGGAAGUUCCUUCACCAACUUGGAAGUCUGCAGUAUUUCCUCUCAAAGGUCCACUUUUUCAAAUCUUUCAUCCUGAAGAAAAUGGAAGAAUCCUAGAAUGCAACAGCUUGGGUUUUCCUCAUAGGAAGCCUCAUAAGACGUGUUGCCUCCGGAAAGAAAAGACCUGUGUGAUUUUGACCCAUUUCCCUUCUCCUCCAUCUCCACUGUUUUUUCUAUUCACAAUGCUUUGCAUCUGAGUGGAGAGGCUGAUGCUGACAGAAGUGGGGGCAAACCUUGAGGUGCAGAAUUUCAUACCAAGCCCUGGAAAAAUCUGGCGCUGGCUUCUUCAGUGUGGUGGGUCAGGUCAUUUCACUUUGCUGGAUGCUGUGGACUAGCUGGAGGCAGCCUCCAGUGGCUGGAUCUGGGCUUGUGCUUUAAUUCUCUGAUGAAACUGUGAGAUCAACAGAAACUGACAAAAUUAUGUCUGAACUAUUUAGAAGAUAUUUUCCCUAUUUAAAUGAGACAGUGGAGUCACUGAAUUAAGAAGAGAGGCAAUUUACAUUUAAUGUGUAACAUUUCUAAAACUGAGAGUAAAAUAUGCUAAAUGUUUAGUUUUAUUUUAACAUAUGAAGAUCACAUUUAUGGAUAGAUAAAAGUCAUUUGGAAAAGUUUUGAAGGAGUUUAACUUUCACUAGCAAGACAAAUAUGUAUUCUGAUGCUGUUUGUAAUGUAUUUGUGCCUCCUGGGCUUUUUUUUCUACUUAAGUUGAAGUCAAAAUGUCCCUUAGUUGUGGAAUUCUUUGUGGCAACUGCUGUUACUGUUACUAAGAACAGCACCAGAAGAGAAACCAAGUUUUAUCUUAUAUCUGUAAUUUCUAUCUGUAGGAAUUAAGUAUAGGGAGAAGAGUCAUUUAGUCUAUUUUAUGCAGUAAUAUACUUCCUACAGUUGUGUCUGUUCCUUUAUUCCGUUUCAUGGUCCUCAUCAUUUUGUGCAGAAUUGUAUCAAGGUUCCAAUAUGCCAGAUAUUUGUUCACCCUCACCAAGUUGCAAAACCUAGAGAUUAACUUGCUAAUAUAUGUGUUGUUAUAUAUCCCAUAAAUGUUAUACAUCUCUGAUAAUUAGUUGCUGUAUGUCAACACAAUACUCUGCAUUAGGAUUCCAGGGUGUGAAUUUUUUUAAGAAUUGUAGACACUCAAGUUGUGUAGCUGCUGGGAGCUUUGGUGAUUGUGGGAGCUGCCGUGCUGUGGUCAGCCAAAUUCAUCUGAAGUUGUAAGGAGAAGCAAGUGGCUGUCCAUGAAAUGAAGCACACAUGUGAGCACAGACAUGGAAUUUCAUGAAGCACACAUGUGAGCACAAACAUGGAAUGCCAAGGAAGUCAUGUUGCUUCUAAAACCAAGAGCAGGCCAACAAACUACAGCUUCCCAAAAUAAGACUUUCUAUUUAAUUUAGAAACAAAUGGGCUCAGGCACUUAACCUACAGAGGCCAUUGCAUCCAUAUAGCAACCUGAUCGUUCCUUGUGCAAAACGUCUAAGACUGAAGCAAUGGAGCUUCAGCCCUGGCUUUGGGUGGGUUGAGAGUCAGCACUCUCACUGGUGAUUGUAUGGGAGAAAGAACCUACUGUUUUCACAGGACCUAUCUUUGUCACCCUGAAAUGCUGAGAAAGUUGAGGACUAGUAAGGAGGCACAGAAAGCUGCUGCUGCUUUCCAAACCAUAAGCCUCACUUAAUCAGACCACAUUUAACUCUUUUAUAUCAAAAUUGUUCGUGCUAUUUUCUUGCUCCCAAUAUGAAGCAAUGUCAUUGGAGUGAAAUUUACCAUUUUAGUGAAUGGUUCGACAUAUACCAUCAUCAGGAUGAGAACAUUUUCAUUACCCCCAAUUCCCUUCUUGUCACUAUGUACUCAACUCCUCCUGCUACCAUCAGCCUUGGACAACCAUAUAUGUCUUUUCAGUACCUGUAGUUUUGCCUUUGUCAAAAUAUUUUUUAAAUGCAGCCCUGCCGUGUGCAGGAUCUGCUUCAGUCUGGCUUCUUUCACUCAGUGUAAUGUCCUUAAAAUUCACUGAUGUUACUACACACAUCAGUCCUUGUUGUUACUAAUUGGUCUCUCAUACAGUUGUACACUAGCUGAUUCAUCUAUUAACCAACUGAAAGACAUUGGUUGUUACCAUUCUUUUGGUAACUAUGAAUAAAACUACCAGAACCAUUCUUUGAAGUCCCCAAACACCAUAAGGCCAGCAAAGAAUUGCUGCCCCAAAAUAUGAAAUCAGUAAAAUGUUUGCCUCUGUUCCUAUGUUGAAGGGUGACAAUGGGUUGGGUGACAUUGUGUAGUAUAGAAACUGGAAUAGAGAAACUCUUUUCAAUCAUUAUUAGUAUUCUUCCAAUUAAAAGUUGUGUGAAAGUGACAAAGAAUUACAAGAGGUAGCUCUAUUAUCACUCUGGUCUUUGAUUAAUCUUGUCCUAUUUUUGCAGUGGAAGAGGAAGAGGACACGGGUGAAGUGGUUUUUAAAAUCAAAGGACAAACCACACAAUAGGACAAUCUGAGUAGAAUCCCUCCUAAGGGAAAACUGUGUAGCUUUUCCUUCUGAAAGAGCUAUCCAGACUCUGACAGCAAAACUACUUUAAUAAAAUCAAAUCCCGUUCAAUCUGUAUACUGCUCCGAUCCCUCCCUGCCACAGAGAGUCUUACCCUCAGCAUUAAGUAGCAUAAUUGCAAGCAACAUUCAAAGACAUAAAAUGAGAUUUGUCAUUAUAAGCUUGCUAAGGUAACGAAUUGUACAACUUGAGAUGAAUUUGUAAUGUUUAAGAGAUUCAGAAAGGUUGGGUUUAUAAAUAAAAAUCUGGAGCCCA